AUGUCCCUCGCAGCAGGCCCCGGCCGCGCCGGCACCAUCUCCGACCAGCUCCCCGACGAGCUGCGCCUAGUAGUCGACAAACACGUCUCCUACAUCCAAUCCCUCGACACUCGCCGGGACGAACUCGAAUACCACCUCACCGAACACCUCCGCAUCAGCGGCAUCUACUGGGGCCUCACAGCGCUACACCUCCUGCACCACCCCUCCGCCUUACCGCGCGAAGGCAUCGUCGCCUUCGUCCUCAGCUGCCUGCACCCUAACGACGGUUUCGGCGCUGCUCCCGGUCAUGACGCGCAUAUGCUGUACACCGUCUCUGCCGUGCAGAUCCUCGCCAUGACCGACGGCUUUGCCGAGCUAGAAGACAGUGUUCCGAACGGCAAACGGAAAGUCGCAGAGUACAUCGCCGGCCUCCAACAACCCAACGGCACCUUCGCCGGCGACGACUGGGGCGAAACCGACACCCGCUUCCUCUACGGCGCCCUCAACGCGCUCUCCCUACUCAACAUGCUGCCCUCCCAACGACCCAACGAACCCCCGCUCAUAGACAUCAAAGCAGCAACCGACCACGUGAAAUCCUGCCUCAACCACGACGGCGGCUUCGGCGUCUCCCCCGGCGCCGAGUCGCACGCAGGGCAAAUCUUCACUUGUCUCGGCGCGCUGUCCAUUACAGGCGAACUCGACUCCUUCCUCGGCGAAAGCGGAAAAGACCGUUUAGGCGCCUGGCUCUCAGAACGCCAACUCGACGAUAGCGGCGGCUUCAACGGCCGGCCGAUGAAACUGGUCGAUGUGUGUUAUAGCUGGUGGGUCGGGAGUAGUCUCGCGAUGAUCGGGAAGCUGGAUUGGAUUGAUCGGGAGAGGUUGAAGGGGUUUAUUCUGCGGUGUCAGGAUGCCGAGGAGGGCGGGAUGGCGGAUCGGCCGGGGGAUAUGGUGGAUGUGUUCCAUACGUGCUUUGGGGUCGCGGGGUUGAGUUUGCUGGGGUGUGAGGGGGUGGGGGCGGUGGAUGCUGCGUAG